CUCAUCUAUUCAACAUGUUACCAUCACGCAGUUUGGUCAUUCUGGGUAUUGCUGGCCUCACAGCAGUAGCUCUCAUCGGCUCAUACUUCCACAAACUCCCAAAGCGUGGAAGCAUGGACUUGAACAUCGACCCGGCCUUCGAUCUUCCUCGACCACCAACAGACCUUCCAUACAACAAGACCAGCAAUACCAUUUGCAUGGUAUUCAUGACGGCAAUCGGACUUUCAGCAGUUCUCCUCGGCGCAAGAGAUGCCUUACGCUCACGCACUCUUUUGCCUUUGAUUCUUCCACUCAGCGGGGCCAUGAUUGCGUUCCCCGAGACAUUCAUUGAUGUCCUCGGAUGCAUCUAUUACCCAUGGACUGAUAAGAAUGCCUCCUUCCACGUCCUUGGUCGCGAGAUGCCGCCUUGGAUACCAAUUUGGUUCGGUUAUGGCUCGUUGAUGCAGAUCAACUUCCAGCUUUUGACCAACAAGACUUCGACCAAAACUCUAUGGUAUUUCUUAGGUCUAAUGAUGGUCUCUGACCUCAUUGUGGAGGAGAUUUUGCUGCCGAUGGGAGUCUAUCACUACUACGGAAACCAGCCGCUGGUUGUCAUCAACAGAUUCCCCUGGUGGUGGAUGGCUCCCAACUCCAUCGGCGUUUUUCUCGCCACCGCACUCGCCUACCGCUACCGGUCUUAUCUUGUGGGGUGGAAAGUCUUGGCCGUCCUCUUCCUGACCCCGAUGUCCGUUGGUGGCGUCUACGGAUUCAUCUGCUUCCCGGUUUGGGUUGCCAUUAACGGAGAUUACGGGUGGCUCGUAACUCAACUGCUUGGACUUUUGACGAUGGCCUUGGGUUUCAUAACAUUUGCCAUCAUCCUGGAGAUGGUACUUGGAAAGAACCCAUUCGAUUUGGACUCGAAAGACGCCCCGAGCCGUCUUCCGGGAACAUUGGACGAAUCGUCAGAUGACUCGUUCCACGAUGAUGAAUGCUGAGUCUUUCUGCAUCUCUGCAUCGCAUCCCAAUUCUGAACGCACUCUUCCUCAAGGAAUCAGAUGGAGGGGGAGUUGCUAUCGAGCCAAACAUUUUACUCUCACAGGGUUUAUGCCAGUCUUGGAGAGAUAUCACGCUUGUACGAUACCUAGGUAGCCGAUAGCAAAGAUAGAAGUUAGAACAUUAC